UUUCCAGUAAUAUUAAGGAAGUAUCUCUAGAAAAUGUGACCAUGUACAAACAUUCACGCAUCAUGCCGGAAUGGUUUAACAGCUCUAUUGAUUUGUUUUGUAACAUCCCAAAUACCCCUGAUGUUGUGUUUUUAAACAGAGACAGAAGGGAAGUGCUCUUACUUGAGAUAGGCUGUGUAUUUGAUUUGUACAUGGAAAUGGCUUUCAACGAUAAAAUCCUUAAAUACCAGCCCAUUCUGGAAAUUCUAAGGGACCUAGGCUACCAAUGCAAGCUAAUAGUGUUUAUUUUUGGAAGCUUGGGGCAUGUCCACAACCGUGUUUUCAGUGGGUUAAGGCUGGCUGGGCUCUCCAGCAGAAAAUCUAAACAAUUAGCAAAGUUCUGCUCCAUAUCAGCAGUGAUAGGCAGCCUGGCAGUGUGGCGCAGGAGAUGUUUUUUGUACCCUUGAACAAUGACUUAUCUUAUCUCUGAAAUAUUUGAAUCUUGUCUCUUGUAAUGUGAUUGGUGGAUUCAAAUAAAGAAUUAAAUGUGUGUGUGUGUGUGUGUGUGUGUGUGUGUGUGUGUGUGUGUGUGUGUGUGUGUGUGUGUGUGUUUACACAAUUACAUGACAAACAUAAGACCUCUUAAACACAAUGACAGUCAGGGUGAGGCGUCUCUCGCUCAGGGACACCUCGACCCUCAGCUAGGAGGAGCCGGGGAUCGAACUAGCGACCUUCCGGUCUCCCUGGGCGAGGUGUUGGGCGGGGCCGUGCACCUCGCCCAGGAGGGGGUCCCGGUUGCCAAGGUAGCGGCCUACCAAUGGGCACACUGGGUGGACGCCAUGCGGCAUGCUGGGAAGGAACUGGACAGCGACCUUCUGGUGGAAGGGGAGGCGCCACGGCACGGACAAGUGUUCAGGAACCCCGUCCUGGCUAGGACCUUCAGGGAGCUGGGAGAAAGCGGGAAGCCAGGCUUCUACCAGGGGAGAGUGGCUCAGGCCAUCGUUGACGUUAUCCACCAAAACGGCGGGGUCAUGACCCUGGAUGACCUCAGCGGCCAUGACAGUGAGGUGGUCACUCCGAUCAGUACAGACUACAAGGGCGUGCGUCUUUGGGAACCCCCUCCCAACAGCCAGGGCCUGGCCGCCCUGUUGAUGCUCAAUAUCUUGGAGAACCUUCCGCUGCAAGAUCUUGGCCACAACAGCGCAGACUACGUCCAUCUCCUGGUGCAGGCGGUCCGCCUCGCCCUAACAGACGCGUUGCAUAACAUAAGUGACCCGGACCAUGUGAUCAUUCCUCUGGACAGCCUAUUGGAUAAGAGCCACAGCCGCCAGCUUGCCCAGCAAAUCAGCAUGGACAGGGCCAGUGAGGUGGGUGCACCGGCUGUGACGAUACAGGGCGACACUGUGUACUUCUGUGUGGUCGACUGCCAGGGCAACGCAUGCUCCUUUGUCAACAGCAACUACAUGGGCUUUGGCUCAGGGCUUGUGCCCAGGGACUGUGGCUUCUCCCUCCAGAAUCGGGGUGCUAGUUUUUCUCUGCGUCGUAACCACAGCAACUGCAUCGCCGGCGGUAAACGCCCAUACCACACCAUAAUGGCCGCCCUCGUCACCGGCCCCGCCCCCGUCGGACAGAAGCCCCGCCUCCUGGCGGCCCUCGGAGUGAUGGGCGCCAUGAUGCAACCGCAAGGACACGUCCAGGUGCUGCUGAACAUGCUGGAGUUUGGAAUGGAUCCCCAGCAGGCCUUGGACGCUCCCAGGGUCUAUGUGGAGUACGACCAGAAAGCUGAUCAGUGGCUGGUUCAUUUGGAGGAGGGAUUUGGCAAAGAAGUUUGCGAUGAGUUGAGGAGGCGGGGCCACGAAGUAAAUUGGCCAAUCACAGGAUUUAAUCGUUCGCGAUUUGGUCGAGGACAAAUCAUUACAGUUGGUGAUUGGUGGAAUCCAUCUGUCCGUCAAGCUGCUCAUCCAACCAGAGUUCUGUGGGCGGGGUCGGACCCCAGAGCAGACGGGUGUUCACAAGGCUACUAGACCUGCUCCAAGUAUAUAAUUAAUUAACACAUUUUAAAUGGAAAUAAUGUUAAAUCAAACACUUGAUAAUAUUAAAUCAAACACUAAAUUAAUUGAUAUUCUUAAUCAGAUCAAUCAUGUUUUUACUUGAAUUAAUCAUUCACAGUUUACCAAUAA